GCACAAACACUGAACCGCGGCGGACAGCGGGCCCAGAGCGGUCGCCAUGGGGGAUACAGAGCCCGAGAAGGAGACAUCACAGAAUGUGGAUAGCUAUAUGCAGCAGCACCAGAUUCAGCCCUUUGUUCAGGAAAUGCUGACAGAGCUGUUCCAUGUGCUGCCGGAAGAUCCAUAUGAGUACAUGACCUAUCACCUCGCCUCCAAGCGUCCAGUCCGGCCGCCACAGGAGCAGAAUUUGAUCCAGAGCGGUGUGCUUUGGGUAUUGCUGCCUGGAAGCAAUCCCAUGUCUGUGGACCACUGGCGAUUACGACGCUGUUGGCUGACCCAGCUAGGCGUCAUUUGCGUCAGCAACGAGGCGGCGGAGGUGGAUCGGGAUGACGCUGGGAGUUUGCUGAUCUCCCCACAGGAGACAGCGCCACAGGAAUAUGCGCUGGAGAAAGGUGCCAUACACAGGGAACUCGAGGAGGACGAAGCGGCCAAGGCCUUCGCCUUCCAAGUGGCUGUGAAGCCGGGGCCGCUGGCGCACAAGGGUGACCAGGCUGCCGGCAGCCGUUGGGUCCUGCAGCUGGCCGCCAGCUCGCCGGAGCAGAGGAGCGAAUGGUUCAAUGCUUUGUCGGCCUUCUCCGUAGAUGCACAGAAGCCGCCGGAUGCUGAAGAUCCUUCCGCACAGUCUGGCCGGCCACAAGGGAUCGAGGAACCGGGCGCCCAGUGACGCAGUGUGUCCGCGCGGCAACGGAGGGUCCGUUUCGCAUCAGGGAGUGUCCGGAACAGUGCUCAAACAGGAGCACAAGAAAUAACGUUUGUG